AUGGGCGGCCUCUGGGAGGUGGUGGGUGGCCUUGACAAAGGUGGCGUUCUGGUUCGGACCGAGGAGAACAGUACCAGCGUCAGGGUAGGGCGCCUCUCAACAGGCGCCUUGCUGGAGGAGCUUUCCCAGCUUGGCGGAGAGCUCCGCUUCCGUCGCUUGGCGGGCCAGGGCCCUGCAGAGGGAUGGGUCCCCCUGAAGCGGCACAACGAGGUGCUCUUGAAGCAGCCCUCCGACGUUUGGCAGGUUCUUGGAGGCCAGAGCAAGGGCGGCGUGCUGGUGCGAGAGGGCUUUGAGACCAGCUCGCCCUGUCUUUCCGAGCGCCUUGCAACAGGCUCCCUGGUCAGGCAGCUUGAGCAGAAGGACGACCGUCUGUACUUCACUCGGCUGACUGGCUCGGGGCCAGAACGUGGCUGGGUCAGCAUCCGUCUGCGCCAUGGAGCAGAACUCCUUGCGCCUGUGGACGGGGUGGAGAUGCAGGCUUUGUCCGGAUCAGUUUACGAUGGAAUGGAGCUGGUGGUACUCCUGGAAAACCAGGAGAAGCAGUUCUCUUACCAGGGCUUUCCUUCAUGGGUUCGCUGGGCUGCAGCUGUGGCGAGGCUGCUCCGUGAGGGCAAGCCAUACCUUCCAACGAGGCUGCCCAGGCCCCCGCGCAUCGACCGGCCAAGGCCUCUAGCGCCUUACCAACAGCUGAGCCACACGCAGCUGGCAGAGAAGUCCAAGCAACAUUUGCCAGGAUGCCUUUUCGGCCUGACUUUCCCGCUGUCUGCUGAAGAGAUGGCCUCGGAGGAGUUUGGUCCAACCUGGCUUACGGAGGCCUUCCACGCAGCCGGAACGCUGCCGGCAGACAACAGAGUCACGAAGGUCCUCAGGGCCGAGGACUUGGCUGUGAAGGGCUUUGAUGCCGCGGGUGGGGCCGCCAUGAAGAUGUUUCUCACAGUGGAGUACGAGAAGCCAGAUCCAGACUUGCACACAGAGCUCUUCUGCAAGUACCCGUAUCCCUUCGACCAGUUUCCGGUAGAGCGCCGGCAGAUCUCAUCCUAUGGUGACGUCGAUGGUCCGGAGAUCGCAGUGCAGAUGUUGCUCACGCACCUGUUCCCCUUCCGCACAGCCAAAUUCUAUUUCGGGGACGUUUGCCGGGAGACAACGAACUUUAUCUUGAUUUCCGAGAAGAUCGAGUUCUCACGGCGUGGACGCAUCGAACAAGGCAGAGUGGUAGAACAGAUCGACUAUGAGCCGUACCAGGUGCUGCCGGUUUGUGGGAAGUUCCAGGACUGGUUGCUGCCAGAUCCAGCUGAGUACUAUUGCUGCCUGUUUAGAGCCAUGGGCCAGCUCGCCGCCUGGGACAAGCAAGGUCGCUACAACGACUAUUUCGGCCCACUAGACUCGGCUCAACUGCAACGCCUGGCCGCUCAGAGACGGGAGAUCAAAGCCCAGCAAGUUGAAAGCCAAAGAGCUUCGGUUGCGCGGAUUCUUGACACCGCAAUAGACUUUAUGACCAACGUUAUUCCCAGCAUGGUGCCCGGCUUCUUGCUUGAAGGUGGACGGCUUGGCAAGGUCAAGGAAGACCUGCUGGAGAUGCUACCGCACUUUCCUGGCAUGUCGGGACAGUACCAGUUCACAGAUCCCAACUAUGUGGCGGCAAUGCACGCGAAUUUGCAGGCAGACAAUGCUUUCUUCUGGCGCGACGAGUAUGACACAUUGGCAUGUGGUGUCCUGGACUGGGGCGGCUUCAGCCGAAUGGCAUUCUGCAUGAAUUUCCUGGGAUGUUUGUCGGGAGCAGAUCCUGAGGUGCUCUUGGCGCAUGAGGAGGGAAUCAUUCGCUGCUUUCGGGACGAGUAUGCACGCUGCGGCGGUCCACACCUGCCCCUGGAGGAGCUACUUCUGAGGUACCACCUUGGCUAUAUCACUUUCGUGUACGAGAGCACGACAUGGGUGGAGCGCGAGAUUUACAAGCUAGCGACCAAGGAAGAGAUGCAGUCGUGGCAUGGGAUCCUUGAUGAUCGUUUUCAAGAGCGAUUUCGGGUCAGGUGCCGAUCCUCUGCCAUCAUCAAUUCUUUCGCAUUCUACAGCCUGAAAGGCGAUCACUUUCGCAAGCUCUUCAAGGAGUGGUCGACAGGAAAGGGCGCACCUUUUCUGACCAAGAUACAGCCAUCCAGCCGGCGCGGUUUCUGUUCAGGCACUGUGCCUCCGGAAGUUGAUGUUGAUGUCAUUCAACAUCAUCCCGAGGGCUUAUUGGUGUCCAGAGGCACCGCUGGAUCGCAGAAGGCUGGACCAAGUCGUGGUGCUGUGUUUGAACAUGGCGGCCGGCACUGGGUCUCCAUCUUUGAAAUCGACAGGUACUGGUUUGCAUCUCCUCUUUCUGUGCGCUCUACCAGCGAGGAGGCGAGAUGGAUUUCAACCGAGCCUACGCCUGGAAGCUGCUUGGCAUCGGCUUGCCUGCGGCGGCCAACACCAGCCCAGGCAGAUCGCGCUCAACUAUCUCAGAGCCUUUCUACCGGUGUCCUAGCAGUUGAUGUGCUGGCCCCCAUCGGCAUUGGCCAGUCCAUGUUGAUCUGCGGACCCAAGGACACUGGGAAGAGCACCUUGGCCAAUCAGGUUGUGGAGUAUGCCCUUGCCGGCCGCCAAGUGGACAAGGUGGUGCAUUUCCAGUCCUCUUCGGCACCACCAGCAGAUCCAACCCUACAGCGCGUGGGGACUCUGAUGCAGCUG